ACCCAUCCCCUCCUGCCAGCAGAGUGGGGCGAUGCAGGAGCAGCAGCAGCAUCUGCUCUGACACAUCCUGGCGUGACGGGGACACCAAGCAGGCAGGAGGAAAGAAGGAGGAGGAGGAGAAGCUAAGGAGGAGGGGAGGGAGGGAGGCGGAGGAGAGGAGGAAGAGGAAGAAGAGGAGGAGGACACAACUCUGUCAAAAGGACGCCGGAGGACGGGACAAGGAGAGGUGGACAAGGAAGAAGGAGAGCGAGAGGAGACUCGGGUGUCGCAGCCAUGUCAGACACACCUUUGCAGAGGAACGGCACGGCAACAGCACCGAUGUCGUGUGAGGAGGCUCAGCUCCACAAAGAGAGGCUGCAGGCCUUGGCGGAGAAGCGAAAACGUCAAACUGAGAUCGAGGACAAAAGAAGCCAGCUGGACGACCUGGUGCUACAGCUACAACAUCUCAAGUCCAAAGCCAUGCGAGAACGAUGGCUCCUCCAGGGAAUGGGUGUGGAGGAAGAGGAGGUACGGCGGAAACAGCUGGAGCAGGAUGAAGAACAGGGGAAGAGGCUGGAAGACCUGAUUCACAGUCUGGAGUCUGACAUCGGCACGCUUGAAAGUGAAGAGUCUCAGAUUUCGGCCAAGGAGCAGGUUCUACGAGAACGUCUGAAAGAGACGGAGCGCUCGAUAGAAGACCUGCAGAAGAGUCUGAUGAACCAGGAUGGAGGUAUGAGCAAUGACACACACACAAACACAAAUGCACAACUCACUAGGGUGGUGUAUACCCCUGAGUUACCCUGUUGUCCUAGCAAUGGGGUCCCUCUUCUUUAG